CACCCCUUUAGUUUGCAAUUAGAUGACAAAUGACAAAUGACAAUCGUGUUGUUAAUAAUUAACAAAUAAUACUUUCAGUCUUUCACGAUCAUAAGACCAAAAAGCACACGCCUGUUGAAAUUGAUUAAGAAAAAUGACAUCAAAAAGGAUUGCUGUUGUAACCGGGGGAAACAAAGGAGUUGGUUUCGAAAUUUGCAGGCAAUUGUUAUUGGCCCAUCAACAUGUUUUUGUGGUCUUGACUGCAAGAGAUGAGAAACGGGGCAAGGAUGCCGUCGCUAACCUGCAUGCUUCGGGAUUACAGGACGUCGUUUUUCAUCAGCUCGAUGUCACAAACCUUGCAAGUAUUGCUUCCUUGGCAAGUUUCAUUGAUGAUCAGUUUGGGAAACUCGAUAUACUGGUGAACAAUGCUGGAAUCUCUAGUACUAUUGUGGACGAGGAGUUGUUUUUGAGUUUAGACCUUUCCUUUCCGAGUGAGUUAACUGAUGAAAAGGCUAAAGGGUCAAGGAAAGUUGUAACACAAACUUUUGAAGGAGCUCAAAAGUGCCUGGAAACCAAUUAUUAUGGAGCUAAAAAUGUCACCCAAGCUUUGCUAACACUUGUUCUUAAAUCUACCUCUCCAAGAAUAGUCAACAUAUCCUCCAAAUUGGGGCAGCUGGAGAAUGUUGAAGACGGAAAUGCAAGGAAGAUUCUAAAUGAUUUCGAUCGACUCACUGAGGAGCUUGUGGAUGAGGUGGUAAAGGAGUAUUUAAAAGAUGUUGAAGAUCAAGAAUUGCUGAAAAACAAAGGGUGGACUAGCAAUCUUUCAGGCUAUAUAGUCUCUAAAGCCGCUCUUAAUGCCUACACAAGGAUCAUUGCCAGAAAGUUUCCUUCCAUUUGCGCAAAUGCAGUUACUCCAGGUCUUGUUGCGACCGACAUGACCUUUUUUAAGGGACCCCUGACUGCCGAGGAAGGUGCCAGAGGACCCGUGAGACUAGCUUUGAUCCCUGAUGGAGGACCCUCAGGUCAAUACUUUCGGAUGAUGGAAAACCUGUCAUUUUGAUAUGAAGAAAACUACUAUUCGAUUGAUGAAUCCCAUGAGUCCUUGUGCUGUCAGUAACAAGUAGUUAAUUGUCUGCAUAAAUUAAGUUGUAAUUUAUCAUUAAAUAGAUGGUGUUUUAUAUGUAAGAUACAACUUUUUUUAUACAUAUAAUAAUAACGUAUCGGUAGCAACAUUAUCAAAAUCAUA